AUGCGGCCCUCGAAUAUUUUCACCACCACAACCACUACCCUGGCGUGCAUUUUGGGCGUCGCCGUUGCCGCACCGUCAGAUGGAAUAUGCACCACGGUCCAUGGUGGACAGACGUUCCAUAACGAGUUGCGGUGCAUCGCGGAAUUUUAUGAACAUGGAGACAUCUCUAAUUACUUUUGCCACCCCAAGUCCGAUGUGAAGCCUGGUGGCGUGAUUAAGUGCGUGUAUCGAGACCACCCGAUCGUCGUUAAAACAGGCCCGGGUUUCAAUUGGAAAAGCACUGCUGGUGAAAUGGAACAGCUAAAGCAGAAGGGGGUUGAACUCAAACUUCUAAGAAGAUGUAUGAGUGAGAGGCGCAACCCUUAUCCGCCAUACUCGUGGAACGCCGGGUAUGGUAUAGAACAGGCAGCUUGAAAAAUAAGUUGCAAGGGGC